CCUCCUCCCCGCUCCGCUCCGCUCCUUCCCAUGGCCGGGAACUUCUGGCAGAGCUCUCACUAUUUACAAUGGAUUUUGGAUAAACAAGAUCUAUUGAAAGAACGCCAGAAAGACUUGAAAUUUCUGACUGAAGAAGAAUAUUGGAAGCUACAGAUAUUUUUUACUAAUGUUAUCCAGGCUUUAGGUGAACAUCUUAAAUUAAGACAACAAGUUAUUGCCACUGCUACAGUCUACUUCAAGAGAUUCUAUGCCAGAUAUUCCCUAAAAAGUAUAGAUCCAGUAUUAAUGGCUCCUACGUGUGUGUUUUUGGCAUCCAAAGUAGAGGAAUUUGGUGUUGUUUCAAAUACAAGAUUGAUUUCUGCUGCUACUUCUGUAUUGAAAACUAGGUUUUCAUAUGCCUUUCCAAAGGAGUUUCCUUAUAGGAUGAACCAUAUACUAGAAUGUGAAUUCUAUCUCUUAGAAUUAAUGGACUGCUGUUUGAUAGUAUAUCAUCCUUAUAGACCUUUGCUCCAAUAUGUGCAAGAUAUGGGCCAAGAAGACAUGCUGCUACCUCUUGCAUGGAGGAUAGUGAAUGACACCUACAGAACUGAUCUUUGUCUGCUGUACCCUCCUUUCAUGAUAGCUCUAGCUUGCCUACAUGUGGCCUGUGUUGUCCAGCAGAAGGAUGCAAGGCAAUGGUUUGCUGAGCUGUCUGUUGAUAUGGAAAAGAUUUUAGAAAUAAUCAGGGUUAUUCUGAAGCUGUAUGAGCAGUGGAAGAACUUUGAUGAGAGAAAAGAGAUGGCUACUAUUCUUAGUAAAAUGCCUAAACCAAAACCACCUCCAAACAGUGAAGGAGAACAGGGUCCAAAUGGUAGCCAGAACUCUAGUUAUAGCCAAUCUUAAGGCAUUCCAAAGAAUUUCUUUAUGGACCACUUUGACUCAAGACAUCCUGGGAUAUUUCCUGUGUUCAUGAAAUGGACAGAAGGUUUUAGUAACAUCUUUGACAAAGAACUCGAAGAAUAAAUAGCUUGUUUGUGUCAAGCAUUUUGAAAGCUUUUUCUCUAAAACUACAUCAUUUUCUCUGACGCUGGAACAAAUGUGCUAAGAUUUUUCAGUGUAAGGAAUCAAACUUUAAACCAAGCUGCAAAAGAUUAAUGUUUUUCACUCAAGACAAAUAGUUCAUUAUUGGUUUUAUUUGUGUUGAAGUGAACUGUUUUUAGAGCGACAGUAACCCGAGGCCUAAGUGUAACUGUAUUAAUGACUUGUAUUGUCUUCAUUUUGUUUGUGACUGAAGGAAGAUAGUGCACUCUAUGUUGAAUCUGUCCAUUACCUUCAGUUUUGUUGAUUUAAAAAAAAAUAAAUACA